AUGGCAGUAUUGCGGAUUUUUUUAUUGGGAGCUAUCGGGCUGAUCUCGCAUUCAGCACUGUGUGCUCAGACUGGAGCAUCGAAUAGCGGGAAUUCACUCACAGAGAGCACGACAAGAGGGCCACAUUUUGACGCCAGUGCAUCGAAAAAUGUUACAGCGUUACUUGGAAAGACUGCAUAUCUCAAUUGCAGAGUUAAAAAUUUAGCAAAUAGAACAAUGUCUCCGCAGGUGUCGUGGGUGAGGCACAGGGACGUGCAUCUCCUUACAGUGGGCCGUUAUACAUACACCAGUGACCAGAGGUUUAGAGCCAUCCACCAACCCCAUUCGGAAGAUUGGACGUUGCAAAUCAAGUAUCCUCAGCACAGGGAUUCCGGAGUGUACGAAUGUCAGGUCUCAUCGACACCGCAUCUAUCGCAUUUCAUCCAUCUCACCGUAAUAGAACCAGAUACAGAGAUCGUAGGCGGACCUGAGCUUUUCAUUGAUCGAGGCAGCACUAUUAACCUCACUUGCGUCGUUCGACAUAGUCCCGAGCCACCGGCGUUCAUUUUCUGGAACCACAACGAUGCUAUCAUUAGCUAUACAAGCUCAAGGGGCGGAGUUAGUGUAUCAACAGAAAGAGGAGAAACCAGCCGAAGCGUUCUGUUGAUUCAGAAAGCCAAACCUUCAGAUUCUGGAAACUAUCAGUGUAACCCAUCCAAUGCGAGACCGGCCAAUGUCACUGUGCACGUCUUGAAUGGUGAACACCCAGAAGCAAUGCAACACGGCGGCAAUCAGCGAAUGGGUCCUUCUCUGGGCGCCCUGGCGUUCAUCUCCUAUGUUCUGUUGGCUUACUGUUAA